UGUGAUAAUAAAUAGGGACGUCUCUGCGCAGCCUAUCGGAUUCCGGGAUGCAAUACGCAUCCAAAUGAAAAGAACGCCAGUACUUUCACUAAUCCUUGUCUAUCCUUUUUAUCUCGGGACCCAUAGCAGUCUGAUCACUAUGGGACAGCGAAGCGGUGGGACAAAGCCAUGCGGAUGAUAUUACGAUAAAUGACAAAAGCAGGUCUGUUUGUCUCAAGUGGGCAUUGACAGGGCGCAUGUAGGCAAAUUGUGUGCGCGUUAAGUGGGCCAAAAUGUUCUUUGCGUUGAUCCUGGGGCUCUACCUGGCCACAGGUGCGCUACCAUACACGGCAAGCGCGUGCCCGUCGCAGUGCAGCUGUUUUUAUCACAAUCUCAGCGACGGAUCAAAAGCCAGGAGCGUAAUUUGCAAUGACCCUGAGAUCUCUCUUGUGCCAGUCGGGUUUCCUGUGGACACAUCGAAAUUGCGCAUUGAGAAAACAGCCAUCCAGCGGAUUCCACGUGAAGCCUUCAACUACCUCUCUGGUCUUGAAUUUCUCUGGAUGUCUUUCAACACACUGACCGCCCUGAACCAAGACAGUUUCCGAGGGCUAUUAAACUUGGAAGAGCUUCGUCUUGAUGGGAACACGCUUGCAGCAUUUCCCUGGGAAUCUCUAAUGGAUAUGCCCAGCCUCAGACUGCUCGAUUUGCACAACAACCAGCUAAAUUCCGUUCCGGCAGAUGCCACGAAUUACAUAAAGAACCUCACCUAUCUGGAUCUGUCCAGCAACAACCUCCUGACCGUCCCGGCAGAGGUGCUUUCCACCUGGUUAACGGUCAAACCCGCGCAGGGCCCGGAAAGCUCAAAAAUGAUACUUGGUCUCCACGACAACCCAUGGAUGUGUGACUGCCGAUUAUACGACCUGGUCCAGUUUCAGAAGUCUCCGACGCUCUCGGUAGCAUUUAUAGACACGCGGCUGCGUUGCUCCGCUCCCGAGAGUCUCUCUGGCGUACUCUUCAGCGACGCAGAUUUACGGCGUUGUCAGAUUCCGCGCAUACACACAGCGGUGGCGCGCGUCCGCAGCACAGUUGGGAACAACGUGAUGUUGCGCUGCGGGACCAUUGGAGUACCCAUCCCAGAUUUGUCCUGGCGAAGGGCGGAUGGAAAAGUCCUGAACGGGACAGUUCAAGAGGAGAACUCCAAAGAGGGGAUAAUAUGGUCCAUUCUGAGUGUCCCGGCUGUGUCGUUCCGUGAUUCAGGGAAGUACAUUUGCAAGGCCACCAACUAUGCUGGCAGCACUGAGGCGGUCAUCUCUCUGGUAGUCUCCGACUCGCCAAAACCCGAGACCAACCAAACCAGUGCAACCUCUGCUGCUGCUGCUGCUAAGAAGUCAAAACCCAAGAAGCCCAGUGGGGUUGUAAAGGCCGCUUACCAGGAGAAGCUAGUGGCCAGAUACGUGGCUCCCACCCCAAGUCCUCCACCUUUUCCAGCCUUGGAGCCUGGUGCUGGAGCUGGGGUAGCCAGCCACACUGUGGCGGACAAAGUCAUCCCUGGGCCUACCACAUCUCAGAGCCCUGACGGCUUUCUGGAGUUGGAGAAGACCAACCUCAGCAACCUGGCGGCCAACACCUCGUCCCUCCAGCAGGACCCUGCCCGGCUGGUCCGACAGGUCAAGGUGGUGGGGGACACAGACAACACCAUUUCCCUGAACUGGAGGGCCCCCAAGGCCAAGAACACCACUGCCUUCAGUGUUCUGUAUGCUGUGUUUGGGGAGAGAGACAUGAGGAAGAUCAACGUAGGAGCAGGCAACAACCGUGUUACCAUUGAUGGUUUGGUGCCCAAGACAAAAUACAUAGCCUGUGUGUGUGUGAGGGGCCUCAUCCCGAGGAAAGAACAAUGUGUGAUAUUCUCCACUGAUGAGGCAGCCAGCGCCACUGGAACCCAGAAGCUCAUCAACGUGAUUGUGAUCACGGUCGCAUGUGUCAUUGCUGUCCCCCUCACUGUCAUCGUGUGCUGCGGGGCUCUGAAAAGACGGAUCCAGAAGUACUGGGGGAAAAAGUCCAAGGACAUCCAAGACUCAUAUGUGACCUUUGAGACAUUGUCGCCCGGCACCAAGGCCAAAGGACUGGAGGGCGAGUACCUGACCAGACUGAACCCAGAGGAGUCAAACAGACUGCUGUCAGCCCGCUCCAGCCUGGACUCUGAGGCUACGGCUAAGAUAGAGGGACAGCCCAACGAGUACUUCUGCUGACGUCAUGCUCCAGCUCCGGCUCCUGCCCCCCGCCCUCUGCCCCGCUCUCACCCAUAUCCUCACCUUCACCCCCACUCACAUCCUUACCUUAGCCCUGCACUAGCACGCCCUCAAACACCCCUAUCCCGGGACUCACCACCACCUCUCCCCCCUCGCUGGACGCCACCGCAGCGGGGCUUCUAUCAAAGGACUCUGGGACGUUGUACAAUCAUGGAAAUAUCAGUUUAAAGGAUGUUAUGAUGUUUAUACCCAUUUUCUUAAGAAUACAUGUUUCAAAAGCAGAGUGAAUAGGUUGUGGAAUUCAGUUUCCAGGUAUGAGGAAUGUCUGCUGUCGAUGUGUUCUGACUUAAGUUAAAUUUCAUACAGACAGACAUACUACACAGACACUUUUCAAAAUGAAAUUAAUGCUGAAUAUAUUUAACUUAGAUAAUAAUAGUCUAAAGGCUCAGAUAUUAUGUAGAGAUGAUUUGUUGAGAUUUUAAACCAUCAGGUGUGGUGAAAUUAUACCUCUUGAUUUAAUUAUUAAAUUGUUUUUGUAGAGACGAUUUAUUAAGAUUUUAAACCAUCAUGUGUGGGUGAAAUGAUACAUCUUGACUUAUUUAUUCAAUCAUUUUUGUUUGACAAUUUUAACAGAAUCCACCCCUUAAAAUCUGAUCCAGAUAGGCCUAUGUUCUAGAGACCAUUGAUAUUUUUUUCAUUGUCAAUAUCAUAUGUAUGUGUAAGAUUUGUAUAUACUUUUCUCUAUGAUUUACACUUACAUUUAACACAUGCCUCUGUAUAUAUAUGUAGGAUGUUGUCCGAAAUAUAUACAUUUUGGCAUUGAUCAUUACAAUGAAGAAAGGGAUAAAGCUGGAGCUGGAGAGAAGCACAGAACUGAUUGAGUAAUGCACAUGUAAAGCAAUAUGAAAUUAUGCUAGAUGUUUAAAACAUUUAUAUUCCUGGGCCUGAAACAUUGACCACCCACCAACUGUUGAUUUGUUUUGUGUAAAACCUAAAUUAAUAUUUACCAAUUCUAUUCGAUAUAUUUGCAACUAUGAUAUGUGAAUAUUUUGAAAUAAACUUUUAUAUGG